AUGGUAACAUUCACCUCAGCCUGGCUCCACACCGCCAAGAUGGUGCUGAUCAAAUUCGAAACUCUCAGCAUCAAAAAAGCACUUCACAAACCAAUGGCUGUCCCAUCAGCUCCACAAAAUGUCAUCUCCAUAGUCAAUGAGACCUCUCUGAGGCUAGAGUGGAGCCCACCACAGGAGGCUGGUGGUCGAGAAGAUGUGGUCUACAACAUUAUAUGUAAGAGCUGUGGCAGUGGACGAGGCAGCUGCACCCGCUGUGGAGAUAACGUGCAGUUUGUCCCACGCCAGCUGGGACUGACCCACACCCGUGUCCACAUCAGUGACCUCCUGGCUCAUACCCAGUACACCUUUGAAAUACAAGCUGUCAAUGGAGUGUCUGACCAAAGUCCAUAUUCACCACAGUACACAUUUGUCAACAUCACCACCAACCAGGCUGCACCAUCAGCAGUGUCCAUUAUCCACCAGGUCAGCAGAACUCCUAAUAGUAUCACACUGUCCUGGUCCCAGCCUGAUCAGCCCAAUGGAGUUAUCCUGGACUAUGAACUACAGUACUAUGUGAAGAACCAUGCAGAGUGGAACUCAUCUCUAACAAGGAGUCAAACCAACACUGCAGUCAUACAAAGCCUGAAGCCUGGAACUAUUUACAUCUUUCAGGUUCGUGCUCGGACUGUUGCUGGAUUUGGACGCUUCAGUGGCAAAAUGCACUUCCAAACAAUGACUGAAGAUGAAUAUAAUUCCAGUAUCCAGGAGAAGCUCCCUCUCAUAAUUGGCUCAGCUGCUGCAGGGGUGGUUUUCAUCAUUGCCAUCACUGUCUUUAUCAUUGUCUGCAACAGCAGAAGGAAUUCAGACAGACCAGAAGCAGAGUAUACAGACAAACUCCAGCAUUAUAACAGUGGACACAAAGUGUCACCAGGAAUGAAGAUAUACAUUGACCCCUUCACAUAUGAAGACCCCAAUGAAGCAGUCAGAGAGUUUGCCAAGGAGAUUGAAAUUUCCUGUGUGAAGAUUGAACAAGUGAUUGGUGCAGGAGAGUUUGGGGAAGUAUGUAGCGGAAACCUUCAUCAGCCUGGGAAGAGAGAGAUCCUAGUGGCUAUUAAGACACUAAAGACGGGCUACACUGAACGCCAGAGGCGGGACUUUCUAAGUGAGGCAUCAAUCAUGGGCCAAUUUGACCAUCCCAACAUAAUCCAUCUAGAGGGGGUGGUGACCAAGAGCAGCCCUGUGAUGAUCAUUACUGAGUUUAUGGAGAAUGGAUCCCUUGACUCCUUCCUCAGGCAAAAUGACGGGCAGUUCACAGUGAUCCAGCUGGUGGGAAUGCUGCGUGGUAUAGCUUCUGGCAUGAAAUACCUGUGUGACAUGAAUUACGUCCAUCGUGAUCUGGCAGCCCGGAACAUCCUGGUCAACAGCAACCUGGUGUGCAAAGUGUCUGACUUUGGUUUGUCACGCUUUCUUGAGGAUGAUACUUCAGACCCCACAUACACCAGCGCUCUGGGAGGAAAGAUUCCCAUUCGGUGGACAGCUCCAGAGGCUAUCCAGUACAGAAAGUUUACCUCCUCCAGUGAUUGUUGGAGCUAUGGUAUUCUCAUGUGGGAAGUGAUGUCAUAUGGAGAGAGGCCCUACUGGGACAUGAGCAAUCAAGAUGUUAUCAAUGCAAUAGAGCAAGACUACAGGUUGCCCCCCCCUAUGGAUUGUCCCAGUGCACUGCAUCAGUUGAUGCUGGACUGCUGGCAGAAAGACCGGAACAACCGACCUAAAUUCAGCCAGAUUGUCAGCACCUUGGACAAGAUGAUCCGCAACCCCAACAGCCUCAAGGCCAUGACACCACUGUCAUCAAGUGUUCACUUACCUCUGCUUGAUCGAAACAAUCCAGACUUCUCGUCUUUCAGCACAGUGGAUGAGUGGCUGGUUGCCAUUAAGAUGGGCCAGUACAAGGAGAAUUUUGUCAACGAAGGAUUCACCAGCUUUGAUUUGGUGUCUCAAAUGACCACUGAGGACAUCCUCAGAGUGGGAGUGACAUUAGCUGGGCACCAGAAAAAGAUCCUCAACAGCAUCCAGGCCAUGAGGGCCCAGAUGAACCAGAUCACUUCUGUGGAAGUGUGACUCCACAAGUUCUCUGUUUAGUGUGACAUAAGCAUCACCCACCAAACCUGCAUUCUCCUGCAACCUCUGAGGAGGGCUGAUGACCUGCACAUGGACUGUGGCUUCAAUCAAACCUCAUCUUCAUCCUCGCUCACUCCUAUCAACAGAAGGUUCCUCAGUUUGCAUAACAGCACAGAUGUUUAAUAGUUUUCUUUUAGCUGUUAGAUGUUCAGGUAAAAGUUAUUUGGGGGGGUUUGAUGUUGUAGUUCACCAUAACCACAGCCAUCCAGACCCAGUCUUUAAACUGUCAUGUCAACUACUUUGUCCAUGUCUGUUUAAUGGGAUACCUUUAUUCUGUUUAAUGGUAACACAGCACACUUGGAUUCACCCAACAUCAAACACUCAGUGGUAAAUCAAUAACAUUGGCCUUGCACUUUGCUCAUUGUUGAUAAUGAAUGAACGUCAAACAUAACACACUAGAAUUCCACAAAAGGAAUAGUGUUAAAUGCAAGCGGGUAAUACCAAUUGUUUUCACUGCAACACAUUUAUUUACAAAUGUCACAUUUUGGUGGCUCUUAAUUCUGUCAGGGAUAUUGGUCUGGUGGCCUCCAUAGAGAGGGUCCCCUCGAUGUAAAUAUAAAGUAUUUACAUAUAAAUGGCCCCUUCUAGGGUAAAGAAAACAACAAUUCACAUAAUUUGAUGAAACACACUAGCGAAAACAUCAUGAGGACUAUUUUAUAUUAAAUUUCUGCCAAUAGAUCCCAUUCACCUAAAUCUUACACACUGAACCUUUAAGUACCAAAAUCCAUGUCAUGUAGUUUACAUCUCCUCUCUCAUACUUCUCAGAAGCUGGGCAGUUUGUGUUGCCCAGUGCAGGUAACACAUUUUAGCCUAUUAAGACAUUGUAAAACCCACCAGUAAAUCCAAAUAGAUAUUGUCACUAAGUUGUGAAAUGAGCCAAACAGAUUCAGACCGAAGUACUCGAGCUGAAGUUGAUAUAGAGCUAUAGACUAGGGCCUCUAGUCUUAUACCAGUACAAAUCCCUGGUUAAUCUGAUGGCAUCACAUGACUGUCCUCAGUGUUGCCUGGCAGGAGUGGUGGAGUCUGCUCUCUUGGAGACCUGACGACUUUACUCUGUGGUUAGACCAUCCAGGUGGGCUGGUACAGUGCCAGUGUAUGUGCUAUUCCCAGCCACUAGAGCAAGACCAAAGAAGUGGGUGAUCAGGAACUGGAGACAGCAAGCAAGGAGGAAGCAAUAUAUUAUUUUCCUUGACUCUUUUCAGAGCACUAACUCCAGUAGGUAGAUAUCAUCCCUUCACUGUGAGUAAACACGGUUGCAGUCUAUUAACUCAGAUAUGAUAAACUGGUUUUCAGUCUAAGUGUUACUUAAUUGAUAAAAACCAGAAAUUUAAAACUGCAAGAAGAAAUGUCCAUGAUUAGAAGAAGAGGACCAUUAACAAUAUUAGAAGCUGAACAGAUUUUUGAAAAAGACAAAACAAAACCCUAGCAACAGUCCCAAAUAGAGAACCAGCAGAAAGCCCAAUCAUGAAUAAAAAUAUAGUAGACUUUAGGUACACACUUGCAGAAGCCAAAACCUUGGCAGCAGUCUCCUGCCCAGUAAAACUAAAAAAUGUUGGAUGGUGGAGCAUGGCUAACAAAGGUGACAUCUCCUGAUGGCUUGUUUUAAGGCACAGUGUCUGAAUAUGGGAUGUAUGUGUUGGUCUGUGUAUUGAGUGUUUUUAUAUUUUUACACUAUUUUUAUCACUUGUAGUUCCUUUAUAAUCACAGAGGACAUGGAAAUCUCACUUUCUCACCCAGUUAUAUCUCACCCAUAUGAUAUGGGACCUUUGAUUUAAAAAUGUAUUACAGUUUCACAACAGAUAUAAAAGGACACUGUGACACUGCCUUUCGGCAUAUGGUGUAGUGUCAUUGCUACUGGCUGAAGUAUAUGCUUACUCCUGUGAAUAGUAUGGAUCCACAGGAAGUGCUGCACCCACACACUCAUUAAACAGCAUAUUAGGUUUUUAACAUUAUUUUCAGGAUCUGCAGUGGAGAUGAAGGUAACAGAGCCACCUGACCUGUGAUUGGAUUGUCAUUGUCCAACCAGUUUUAAAGUUUUCUGCUUUGUAUCUGUACAUAGAUAGAGAUUUGCUGUAUAAAGGGCUCCUUAAAAUGUUGCCAAAUAUUUCAAUGCCUGUGCCAACAGAAGCUGCAGUUUUUUCUUUGAGUGAAUCUGCUGAGACAUCCGAGACAAAUGAAAGAACCACAACUAGUAGCCACUAUCAGCCUACAGACAAAAGGGCCUCUUUGAUUUUGCAACUGAUUGAUAGUCUUACUUUUUACCACACAUUUCAGUCGACUGAUAUGACUCAAAUCCUAAUGUUAAUUAGACCGUAUACUUUCUGGAGGUCAUUGUGAUUUCACUGUCCCAUUUAUUGUGAAACUGUGAGAAGUUAUCUUAAAGUCUCAGUCAAGAUUUGGAUGAGAAAAUAUGUUAUAAUCAAAGCUGUUUUAAUGUUGUAAAUGUGCUUUGAUGGUAAAUGCAAGUGUUUCCAGGUUUCAAGACAAAUUAGUACAGUAUAAAUACAGUUGUUACCUCAUACAGAUCAAUAUACAUUGCUGUAUUUUGGUGUACACUGCCCCCAAACAGUGUUUAUUAUAGUCUCAUUACCACUCUGUGAUGUAUGAGCUGUGUUUGACUUAGUAUCUUUACUGGUUUAAAUACUGCCUGAUCUUGGAUCUUAAAUACUGCUCGCCUCCUGCCCCAAAGUCCAAAGUAUCCUCUUGGCCCAGUUGUUACAAUGUUUGGAGGUUUACAGGUUCUACAUAAUUACGUUGCAGUGACUAUCAAUGCUAUCACCAAAGAUAAAACAUGUCAGUUAUCUGUAUCUUACAUAAUGCUUCUUUGUGCAUUUGUAUCAGGUUUUGCUGAUAAGAGACAAAACUGGCAAACAACCUGUAUGUUAAAUCACUCACUGCACGUUAGGGUUGAAUGAUUUCAACUAAAUUGGCAUUUGACGAUAUAUGUAGUGAAACAAAGUGAUACCGUCAGUGUGUGGGGGGGUGAGGGGGCAGACACUGGCAGACACACAGACACACAUAUAGACACACACACACCAACACCGACUCAACUGAUGCUUCUGACCCUACAAUCUAAAAGUGGAUUUGUUUGAAAUUACGCCACAAUAUCAACACUGAUCACCAAAUAAUGAUUGAUACUUUUCUUAAAUUAGUAAAAUCUUUCAUCACAGCUGCGCACAUUUUUUCAUCAAUUGAGCCUGUGACUCCGCUCGCUGUGUUCCUCUCACUCUCGUGUUGACACACACACACACACACAAAAGGUGUGAUUGGAUACAUGUGUAUGUAUGCCAACUGGGUAAAAAAAACAGAAUUUGGAAACUUAGACAACAUAUGGGGAGCCAGAGGAGAUGGUGGGGCAGGCUCAGUUUGAAUGAUAGAGACACAGAGAGGAGCAGUAAAUUACUGACAGAGCUUGUAAAAACUGUAAAACAAAAUACUUUUUUUAAAGUCCAAACAUGUAUGAAAAGACCCCAAGUGAUCACAGUAAGCUGAUCUGUCUGAAGCUUUUGACCCAUAUAAAUGGUUGAUCUCUAUAAUCCAUGAUCACUAUAUCCACUUUCCACUGAAAUGUUUCUAUGUUAUAGUAGACAGUGUAAUUAUAGUGUGGAAGGAUGCACCCCUCUGUCAGUGUCGAAUGGCUGAACAUCAUGAUUAUUGUUAGCCAUAUUUGAUAGAUAAUAACCUAAUGCACGUUUAAUAAAGUCAACAAUAAAGCAUAGCUCCUGGCAUUUAGCUAAUUUAGAUAGUGUUUUUAUUAAAGGGAUAGUUCGCCCACAAAUGAAAAUUCAGUCAAUAUCCAGUCACCACUAUGCCAAUGGAGAGGUGGGUGAAGUGCUUGAGUCCGCAAAACAAGUUUCAGGGGU